GUUUACUUCAUAUACCUUCUAGGCCACCGUAGUUCUAUCUGAGAGUUCCUGUCAUGGCCGUCAUGGAAACUGUUUACCAGAGGAUCAUUUGAUAACUUGGUUUAUAAAUCAUAUGAAAUGGCAGCGGUUUUCCUGGUCACCUUGUAUGAAUACUCCCCGUUGUUUUACAUUAGUGUGGUGUCCUUGUGUUUCGUUGUCACCGCCGCCAUGGUGCUAGGCUGGUUCGGCUUUGACGUCCCAGUGAUCCUGCGCAGCUCUGAUGAGACGGAGUCCGUCCUCCCCACCCCUGAGAAGCAAAUGGUUCAGAUGACCAAUCCUUUUGCCCUGCAGAUGUGCUCUGGGCCGGCAUCCGUCACUGAUGGGGUGUCGCUGAGGCCCGGCUGUCUUGAGCCCUGUGUCCUCAGCUGUUUCUGGGGCUGUGAAGUCAGAGCCUUGCAGGGGACGCUGCAGGCCCACCAGCACUGCCGCAGGCUCUGCACCCCCCAACACUUCCAGCAGGCCCUGCACCCCCACUACCACCACUGCCAGAGCUUCCAUAUCGGCAGUGGUGACGAAGCAGAACACCACACACACAUUCCUACUGACCACAGGAUCACAGAUUUCGGGCCGUUGCCGAGGGAACGCUACCCUCUGGUGGCUGUGCUGACGCUGGCAGAGUCUGAAGCCAGAGACACGUACAACAUCGUGGCCUCUGUGACGGUUCUUCAUGUUCCUGAUGGCAGAUACAGCCUCUCUGCUCGGGUUCUAUUCCAGUACCUGCUCACCACACAGGGCAACAUGUACGAGUUAAAGCCUCUUUUCAUGUCAGCUGACAGCGGGGGGGCGUCUGAGCCACCUGAGUCGGAGCACAGCACCCAACCCAGAGAAGCCAACGACGGGGCCAUCAGUGGGGAGCCGAGUCCAGAGGAGGAGGAGGAGGAAGUGGAGGAGGAGGAGGACUGGUCUGGGGCAGGGGGCAGAGGGUGUGUGGUGUGUCAGAACGCGGCAGUGAACAAGGUGCUGCUGCCCUGCAGACACGCCUGUGUGUGUGACAGCUGUGUGUCGCGCUUCCAGCACUGCCCCAUCUGCAGGGCUUUCGUCCUGGAGGCCUUCACCCUGACGAAGGAGGGGGGGGCCACGGGACGCUGACUCACACUGGACACGUGUAUAUGAGCGCUAAAUUCCACUUCUCACCAUGUACAAUUUUUAAAUGUAGAUACAGCUUUAUUCAGACCACAGGAUGGAUCGACCAAUCAGAAGUGUAAAGGUCAACUGCAGAGAUGUCCUGCAAACAUGCAUUAGAGACCCCCCCCCCCCCAUAUCUGUGUCCCUGUUUCUUUCAGUGUAACCACACACACAGACGCCUCCGUCUUAAUUCUCAGAAAUGAUUAUUUGUUGUAUCCUGUUAAUAUCUUUACCUCUACUUAUUUAAAUCUCCGCAGAUCCCUUUAAGAUUGUCGAGCCAGAAAAGGAUGUAUAUAACAGAGUGAUAUUUUCCUGUACAAAUGAUUAUUUAUGUUUACUCCACAUUGUUUGUUUUAGAAUAAGAUGGUUUGACCUCUUUUACAGGACCAGUGCAGUAUUUAUUGGCCACAGUUUAUUACUUCCUAAGCUUUAAUCUGACUAUGUAAAUAAAUGUCAGGAAUAAUUCAAA